AUGCCAUAUUUACGGCCGCUGGAGCUCGACAGUAGGCACGAGCUACGCAGCUCCAAGACUCUCAUCGGCUCAGGGACGUCGACCUGCGACUUAGUGAUCUCUGGCGAUAAUAUCCUGGAGCUCCAUGCAUUACUCAACUUGUCUACAGACAAGGCGUCGGCCACGUUGGUGCCGUUCUCGACUACAUCAGCUGGCGCCUGCUACGUGAACGACGUUGUUGUGCCUCGAGAAGGAACUGUCGUCGUGCAUGGAGACCGUGUGGCCUUUGGGAACCCACGCAACGUCUUCGUGUUUGAGCUCAUGCCUCAUCCACACAUCACUGCUGUAUCGCAGCGGUCGAUUGAAACGGAGAAGUCCGUUCAGCAUUCAACCGACCAGGCUGGUGGCAACCAAGCAUUUCGAAAAGCGUUAGAUACCUUACGAGGGGAUCGUAGAACAUCUACUGUCAAUGCAUCUGUCGCUGCUUCCAUUCAAAACAAUUUACAGGCAGCAAGGAGUCGCAGCAGUGUAUCUUCCUUUGCUGACUCUACAGCACCGUCACUAAAGUGCAAGGAACAGCUUAGCAAGUUCUUACUAGAGGCUUCAACUGAUUCGUUGCUAAGUGACUACGUCGAACGCAAACUCAAUCAACGGCGCAGUAGGCAGUCUUCUACUGCGAGCUCUAGACGAGUCUCGAGCGGUGUCCAGCAGUCAAGAGUGCAACGUAAUUUGGUAGAAGUGGAAAAGCUACGGCUUUCGCAGCGAAUUCGCGAAGUAAAUGAUGUUCUAAAUGGGGACAUGGAAUUUCAAGAGAGCUACUUAACGCCAUCGUCGAUAAGUCGAAAACCACGUGGGGUGAUCACCAGUAACAUGCUUUCAAAUCGUGGAGAGUCCAGGAGUGACGAGGACAGUUAUGAAGACGAAGACGACGAGCUGCCAGUUAUGAUAGAGAGGGUUAAAUCUCCUACACCGGCGAAUCUCUCAGCUUCGAUUAUGACGGAGCAUUCGGAUCAAGAAAACGUCUCAAAUCCACCAAGUCAAGAAGAAGGUGGAGCGGAAAGAGAACAGCUUGAACACUCGCUUAGAAGUAUGCCGGCAUCUGAGACUACUCCGUCGCAACAAUUCCCUGACAGUCCAAGCCAAUCGUACAGCCCGCCGAAAGUGCACAGCUUCUUUUCCAAGGCGAUGGAACUAGGCUUUAACGAUCUCACUCGCUCGCACUCACGUCCGAUUAAUACAGCACGACAAAAAGCUGCGAAAACUGCACUCCAGGAGAAACUCAUUAACCAGACGAUUCGACGCAAGAAGAACGAAAUCAUGAGUGAAGUUUUUGUGCGGUGGAUACGAGGUCUUCGAAUACAGAAUCAAAACCGCGAGCGUAAAGCUCGACAGCUUGGCGAAGUACGAAAAGCACUCGGAAAACUGCGUCGUGACCAGUAUUUUAUUCGCUGGCGAGAUUUCGCAAGUUUGAGUAACCAAGUGAUAGUUUGCCGGCUAGAGGCAUUUCAGCAGCGAAGCAACUAUCGACUCACUCGGAAAUGCUGGGCAGCUAUCCGUCUUCACUGCUUAUCGAUAAGACAGCGAUCAACGCUGUUACGCGGACUGAUUGUCAAGAAAGCAGUAGUACAGAACCACAGUACAUUUCGACGGUGGCAACAAUUCGCCCAGCGUUGCUCCACUCGCAACCAAUUGGGUGACAUCCAACGUGUUGAACACCUUAAGCUCGAUGCUCAUCUCGAACGAAUGUCGGAGCGCCACUACAAUCAAAGAAUCUUAAAACCACUGCUUGCUCAGGUAUUGCAGAAGUGGAAAAUGACAGCAGACCGACACAAAAAGCAGCAGUUGAUAUUGCUGAGAGUGCUUGUUCAUGGCACUUUAAAACUCACUGGACGAGCAUUGAGAAAGUGGAAAGAGGUUGCAACGAUUUCGAGAUAUUCCAUGGACCUGAAGAAACAGACCGAGCAGCAGAUUAAGGAAUCUACGGAUCGUCUAACGAACCAGCACGAUCAAGCGCAAUUAUCGUUGCAGGAAAGCCACGCUCAUCAACUCCAGAAGCUCCUGGUCGCAAUUGAGGAAAAAGACCGAGAGGUAGAGCAAUUGGAGCGACAGCAGCGAGCAGAUAACCUCGGAAAGACUGCAGCGAAGAGAAAAUGGGAACAAGAGCUUCGCAAAUUCUUUGAAGGCGCAACAAUCAAGUGCGAUGAAGAAAUUGCACAAACCAGUGAGCAGCUCGAGAAGCUGCUUCAAAGUGCUGAAAACGACGUGCUCGGCGCACGGUUUGGUGCUGCACAGUUUCUCGUCGACUCAAUACUCCAGCAGAAAAUUCGCAACGCCAACGAGAGCACUCGCUUCCAAGAAGCGGUGCGGCCAUACAUUAAACACGCAUCAGCCCACGAAAACAGGUAA